CCUGGCAACCCCUGGUGGGAUUAGAACACAUUCCAGCCUCUGUGUCUGUCUGGACUUUGAAACCCACAAAAACAAGAGAAAACAUGAAGUAAACAAACUGUGCAGACCUGGACUGUUGCAGCAGUCCGACCAGCAGCUGAGGCCUGCAGGCCUGAAGACACCAUGUGUGCAUGUGAAGAGCAGCUCACAUAGUGUCUCACUGUCCUUCAGGAGGAUGGCAGGUGUUCUAACGUGUGUGGAGAAGGUGAAGAGAGGCCUGAAGGUCGACGUCCUGAUGGAGGCCGGACGCCAGUACCCGGUCUUCUGCUUCGUGCUGCUCUCCAUGGGGCUGAUGACUCUGCUGCUCAACAGGUAUCUCCACAUCCUGAUGGUGUUCUGGUCGUUCGUGGCCGGUGUCACCACGUUCUAUUGCUCCCUCGGACCGGAGUCCCUCCUCCCGAAUAUCUUCUUCGCCGUGAAGCCGAGGAGCAAACAGCGGGAGCAGGAGCUGUUUCCUCUCGGCCACAGCUGUGCCGUCUGCGGGAAGAUCAAGUGCAACCGUCACCGGCCGACGCUGCUCCUUGAAAACUAUCAGCCGUGGUUGGACCUGAAGGUUCCUUCAAAGGUGGACGCUUCAGUAGCAGAGGUGUUUGAGUUGGUUCUGGAGAACUUUGUGUACCCCUGGUACAGGGACAUCACAGAUGACGAGGCGUGUGUGGACGAGUUGAGGAUGACCUUCCGCUUCUUCGCGUCGGUGCUCGUCCGCCGGGCUCAGAAGGUCGAUGUUCCUACUGUGUUUGCAGACAAAGUGAUGAAAGCUGUGUUGAAGCAUAUUGAAAUUAUUGCAAAAGCUCGAGAUAAAGUGAAGAACAUGGACGGUCUACAGCAGGCGGCUCUGGAUGAAUACGGCGUCGACCUCCACAACGCUCUGCGCAGCCGUAGAGACGAGCUGCUCUACCUGAGGAAGAUGACUGAGAUGCUGUUUCCAUACGUGAUGCCGCCCAAAGCUACAGACUGCAGGUCUCUGGCUCUGCUGCUGCGGGAGGUGAUGGCUGGUUCUGUCAUGUUACCGACCAUGGACUUCAUGGCCGACCCUGAUACUGUGAACCUCAUGGUGCUGAUAUUUGUUGAUGACUCUCCACCUGAAGCAUCGACCGAGUCUGCGUCUCACUUGGUGCCAUUUUUACAGAAAUAUGCCGACGUCAGCAACAAGAAGCCGUCUGUGCUGAAGUUGGACCUGAAGGAGAUCAGAGAUCAGCAGGAUCUCCUCUUUCGUUUCAUGAACUUCCUGAAGCAGGAAGGAGCCGUUCACGUGCUGCAGUUCUGCCUCACUGUGGAGGAGUUCAACGAUAAGAUCUUGAGUCCGGAGCUGAGUGACUCUGAGCUGCAGCGGCUCCACGGCGAGGUGCUGCACAUCUACGAGACCUACUGCCUGGAGGAAAGCAUCGACAAGAUCAGCUUCGACCCGUUCAUCGUGGAGGAGAUCAGGAACAUUGCUAAAGGUCCGUACGACGGCGUGGUGAAGCUGCAGAAGAUGCAUUGCCUGUUUGAGGCGUACGAACACGUCCUGUCUCUGCUGGAGAGAGUCUUCACCCCGAUGUUCUGUCACAGCGACGAAUACUUCAGACAUCUUCUGAGGGGAGUAGAGUCUCCAACAAGGAACUCAAAAAUCAACAGAAAUAGCUUCAGUUUGGAGGAAGGCAGAAACUUGUCUAAACGAGGGGAGUCGUUCGGGAUCAGCAGGAUUGGCAGCAGAAUCAAAGGAGUGUUCAAGAGCACGACCAUGGAGGGCGCCAUUCUGCCGCCCAGCGCCAUGGGAGACUUCGACGACGAUCUGGUGGAGGAGGCCACCAUGGUGGUGGAGGACGACUCCCCCGCCGAGCCGGCCACCACGCCGGGCUCCCUGAGGAACCUGUCGGCCUGGAGCAUCGUCAUCCCGUACAUCGACAUCUACGACGACGUGGUGAAGCGGGAGAAGAUCCCCGUGUUCUGCAUCGACGUGGAGCGCAAAGACCGGAGGGAAGUUGGUCAUGAAACUGAGAAGUGGUCGGUCUACAGAAGAUACCUGGAGUUCUACGUUCUCGAAUCCAAACUCACGGAGUUCCACGGAACAUUUUCAGACGCUCAGCUUCCAUCCAAAAGACUUAUUGGACCAAAGAAUUAUGAAUUUCUCGUAUCGAAAAGAGAAGAAUUUGAGGAAUAUUUACAGAGACUCCUGCAGCAUCCAGAGCUCAGUAACAGUCAGCUGCUGGCAGACUUCCUGUCUCCUCACAGCAUGGAGUCUCAGUUCCUGGACCGGAUGCUGCCUGAUGUCAACCUCGGAAAGAUAUUCAAGUCCGUACCGGGGAAACUGAUGAAAGAGAAAGGACAGAACCUGGACCCGUUCCUCCAGUCCUUCUUCACCUCCUGCGAGUCGCCCAAACCCAAACCCAGCCGCCCGGAGCUGACCAUCCUCAGCCCGACGGCCGACAACAACAAGAAGCUCUUAAACAACCUGUUCAAGAACAACGCCAGCCUGUCGGAGAGUUCAGAGAGGAGACACAACGACAACAUCUUCCUGGAAAUGAUCUCUGUAGACGGCAUGUAUGACUACAUGAUGUACGUCGGUCGGACGGUGUUCCACAUGGCCGACUGGCUGCAUCACUGUCUGGCUGCAGGGAGGAUCCUUCUCAAGAACACGUUUGAAGCCUACAUGGACCAGUUCAUGCAGUCCAAGCUGGAGCAGAUCCUCCAGGAGAACCAGCUGGUCUCCCUCAUCACACAGCUCCGAGACGCCGUGUUCUGUGAGAGCAGCGAGGAGCGAACCUCCGAGGACAAACAGAUCAGAGCCAAGCAGACGUUUGAUGAGAUGAUGAACUAUUUACCAGACUUUGUGGUGAAGUGCAUCGGCCAGGAGGCGAAAUACGAAGGCAUCCGACUCCUGUUUGACUGUUUCCAGCAGCCCGUCCUCAACAAGCAGAUGACGUACGUCCUGCUGGACAUCGCCGUGCAGGAGCUGUUCCCCGAACUCAGCAAGGGAGUGAAGGAAGUUGUCUCCAUGUGAAUCCACGUCGGAUUAAAGAAGUGCAAUACUCGACUGUCUCCCAAAGAACCUCCGGGUCAUCUUCACAUUCCAAUGUAUAUAACAGCACUAAUAAAAAGAGAUAUAUUUAUUGAUGUCACUUCAGUUUACCCUCUGUCG